AUUACCAAACCACCCUUUUCUAUUCCUAUUUCUUCCAAAAACACCUUUGUUGCGAACCAACGUAGUUGUGACAAAAAUCAUUGUAUCAUCGAAUCGUAUCAUCAGAAAAAUGUCGAUAUCAGUGGACCAUAAUGAUCAAAGAGCUGAAGCGAUUCCCUGCUCCACAGCUACACCAAAUUGGACUGUUCAUGUUUCAGAUAUAAGAACGGUUAAGGUGAGUAACAUAUCACAGAUUACUUCGAAAAAGGAUAUUGAAGAAUUCUUUUCAUUCUCAGGCGAUAUUCAAUUUAUUGAGAUGCAAAGGGAAUCUGAUCGCACUCAGAUUGCUUAUGUUACCUUCAAAGAUUCACAGGGAGCAGAAAUGGCAGUUCUCUUGACGGGUUCUAAGAUAGCUGACCUAUAUGUCACAAUCUCACCUGUGGAGAAGUACCAGCUUCCCCCUGAUGCGCUUCCCUCGAGUCCAACAAACAAAAGUGCUGCUGCAGUUAAGAAGGCUGAAGAUGUAAUUAGUACUAUGCUUGCCAAGGGUUUCAUUUUAGGAAAGGAUGCGAUCAACAAGACAAAAUCCUUCGAUGAACGUCUUCAAUUGACUUCAAAUGCUUCUUCCGCAGUUGCAUCUAUUGAUAAUAAAAUAGGUUUAAGUGAUAAACUAAGUAUUGGAACAACCAUUGUCAACGAAAAGGUGAAAGAGAUGGAUGAAAGGUAUCAACUUUCUGGAAUGACAAAAUCUGCUAUUGCUGUUGCCGAGCAAAAAGCAAGUAGUGCUGGAUCCAUUAUCAUGAGUAAUUCUUACGUCUUAACCGGAGCUUCAUGGUUUUCAAGUGCAUAUAGCGCUAUUGCUAAGGCAGCUGAGGAUGUCAGCUUGAUGACCAAGGAGAAGCUUGAACAAGCUGAGGUGGACAAAAAGGAGAUUAUUUAUAGUGAAAGAAUAGGGAUGGUCGAUGGAUAUUCUCAGAUGCACUUCGAAGACUCUUUAAACGGCGGGCCUGCAGUAGUUCCAGUUAAUUCUGACAAUGACAGUAAAUCUGGUAAUUUUUUAACUUGAUUCUGACUCACAAUUCCUUAACAUCCUUAAAAGCACAGCUGGGUUGACCGUGUUGGAAUAGUUAUUUUCAGUCUUUAGUUGCUGCACAUUUGUUGUACAAUGAAAAAUCUUGUUGAUUGUUAUACUGAUGUAAAGGUUGGUUCUACAGAUAUGAUUCAUAAACAUGAUCAUCAUUCUUUGUUA